AUGGAUCCAAGUCAACCACAGGUCAAGAGACCAGCUAGUUCAGAUGAACAGCCGUCGGCUAAGAAAACGGAUACUGCCACUUCCAAAGGUAUCGCUCAUUUGAAACCAGAAUUUAUCUUGUUCAAUGAUCAAAAUGGUAGUUCCAGGCCUAUGGCAGGCGAGUAUAACGACGAAGAAGAGUCCACGUCUUCUCGUCUUGAAUCUCAACCGGCAAAUCAAAUAAAGGGUAAGAAACAAAACAGUAAGAAGAAAAGAGGUCAAAACAAGAACCGUGAUAACAGACAAGUGAGAGAACAGCACGCUCUUUGUUCGAAAUUUGUCACUAACGUCGAUGCUACCUGUUCUUUUGAUACUAAGUGUAGGUACGUGCAUGAUGUGAGAGAGUACUUGUCUAAGAAAGCCCCUGAGAUUAAAACCGAGUUUUUCCCCAUAUGUCCAGUUUGGCAAUCUUUGGGACAUUGUCCCAUGGGUUACAAAUGUUGUUUCCUUUCCUCGCAUUGUAAUAUGGAGACUCUGGAAUUAAAAGAUCUGUACGAGGUGGAUGAGAGGAAAAAGCUUUAUGAGGCUAACCAUGAGAUCAAUCACAUAGACGGUGAAAGGAAGUAUGAUCUAAUUAAGAGAAGAUUCUCAUUCACGAAGAGCGAUUAUAUAUUAGAGAUUAUUGAUGCCAUGCAACAAGAGAAUAGAGAUUUAAUGAACACUUCAAAGGGUUCUGAAACAACUACAGAUGCUAAUGCUGGUGAAGACGCUAAUGAUGAAAAGGUCUCAUUUCAAGCAACUGAAAAACAAAACCAACUAACGGAGAAAAGAGAAAGACAACGUGAACUGUAUUUGAAAUAUCACGAUACCAGGUUUUUCGCACAGGAGAAGAGAAAGCUAGAUUUGCAUCAUAAGAAGAUCGUCUCUCCCUUGACUACCGUCGGUAACUUGCCUUACCGUCGUCUAAUGCGGAAAUUAGGAGCAGACGUGACUUAUUCUGAAAUGGCUUUGGCUGUUCCCUUGAUUCAAGGUACAAAUUCAGAAUGGGCACUACCGAAGGCCCAUUGCUCAGAGUUUCCUGGGUUUGGUGUUCAAAUUGCAUGUUCAAAAACUUGGCAAGCUGCAAAGGCUGCAGAAGCACUUGCUGCUAACGUCACUGGAGUUAGCGAAAUAAAUCUAAACAGUGGUUGCCCGAUUGAUCUUUUAUACAGACAAGGUAGCGGAAGCGCAUUACUAGAUAAUCCUGCCAGAAUGAUCCGUUGUUUGAAUGGUAUGAACUAUGUUUCGAACGACAUACCUGUCACCGUGAAGAUCCGUACUGGUACUAGAGAAGGCCAUCCAAUUGCAUUAUCUAUCACUAAGAGAUUAGUGCUUGAAACGGACGUUGCAGCUAUCACUUUGCAUGGUAGAACCAGACAACAAAGAUACACUAAAUCUGCCGAUUGGGACUAUGUCGGAGAGGUAGCUAAUGCGGUAAGGACAUACGAAGCAGAAAGACAAGAGAACAAGAAUCUAAGAGAUGGCCAGAAGAUUCAAUUUGUUGGUAACGGUGAUUGUAACAACUGGGAAGAUUGGUACAAACAUCUUGAAAAUAAAAACAUGGAUAGUGUGAUGGUUGCUCGUGGUGCACUAAUUAAGCCAUGGAUCUUCGAAGAAGUCGAUGCCCAGCAAUACAUGGAUAAAAGUUCUAAGGAAAGAUUGGAAAUUUUGAAAGACUAUUGUAAAUUUGCAAUGGAUCAUUGGGGUACUGACCAGUAUGGUAUCUCUCAAUGUCGUAGAUUCUUCUGUGAAUUUAUGUCAUUCUUCCACAGAUAUGUUCCAAUGGGUAUUUGUGAAAGAUACCCCGUUCUACUAAACGAAAGACCACCAAAUUGGAAAGGCCGUGAUGAUCUAGAAACAUUGUUAGGCUCCACUGACUCUAACGACUGGCUCAAAUUAUCCGAAAUGUUCUUUGGUAAAGUGAACGAUGAAUUCGUUUUCACUCCAAAACAUAAAAGUAAUUCAUUUGCAACUAACUAA